UGUUGCCGACUGGUUACCACGCGUAACCAAAACCACUGUUUAUCCUGCUGAACAAAGCGCGGCGACUCAAAACCGUACCCAUAGACACCAACUGCAACACUAACCAUUUUUUACAUCUCGUGAGUAAGAUUCGAUUAAGAUAAUUUGAUAGUUCCAUAUUUCCAGGCGGCGACCAUCUACAGAAUGACAGUUGCGCAUCUCUGUUUCGGGUGUGACAAACAGCUUUUGUGUCCUGCGGUGACUCAUAUUUCUAGAUUCUCAAGUAUAGUCGCGGAUAGCCUAUUUAAAGGAAACAUUACUUCUUUUUGAGGUGGCAGCUUGUUUACCUAGAAGUGCUCAUGUUUGACUCUUUUAUGAAAUCCCGAGCAGAUGUUUGGGUCACUGGAAUAUCCCUUUAAAUCAUCAAUACGGAUAACACAUUGUUAACUAUUUCUGUUGCUGCAGGAGGCUGCUGAUGUAGUAUUUGUUGGGGAGAGCUUCAGUGAUCUCUUUUGGGUGUGUGAGCUCCAAAUGCAUUCAUUGCUGGAUCGGAAGAAGAAAGAAGCCGGGGUUGGUAUCGAUCUGUCUCCGAGCUACUCGUUGCCCCAAGCUGCGAGGAUGUUCAGCUGUGUGGGCUGCUUUUGGGUCUUUCUGUCCUACGCUCUGGUCGCUAUCUGUAGUUUCAGUUUUAUAUCACCUGCGUGGAUUGUCAAGGACCAUCUUAAAAAUAAGGACUCUGUGAGCUUCGGCUUACUUUGGCACUGCUCCGAGUCCCUGGACCAUAUGUACAGAUGCUACACCUUCGGAGGACUCGGGAAAUUCGCUGAGAUUCCAUCCAGCUCGUGGCAGACAAGUGCAGUGCUCUGUUCGGGAGGAUGUGCUCUCCUGGCGGUCAGCUCCCUGUUGGCCAUCAUCACCAUCUUCCUGCCCAGCGGAGGCUGUGAGAGGAGGAUCUGUACACUGGCUGGAUACAUGCAGAUGGCUGCGGUGUUCAUCAUGGGGUCUGGGCUGCUGGUCUAUCCCUUUGGGCUGAACUCCACCCUGGUGAGGUCCUUCUGCGGGGACUCAGACAUCUACUAUGCUGGGGACUGCCAGAUCGGCUGGGGAUACAUGCUGGCCAUCGUCGCCGUCAUGCUCACACUCUUCCUACCCUUCUUCGCCAAAUACGCACCCAAGGAGCAUCUGUCCCCAACCCCACUGCCCACUCUCUUAUAGGGCAACAACUGACACCGCCGUCCCCACCCUCAUCCAGUCAGUCUGCUACAAUACUUCCUACUUCCUUGUAUGAUGGAGAUGGGAGAAACCCUUGCAUUCAUUUCUUCUGUAGGAUGCAAUUUUAAAAAGCCCUGCAUCUGAUAUAUAACUAGGCUAUACCCAACUGUGAACAACAUUUAUGUACCGUCUUCCUUCAUACAAAAGCUAUUUCUUUGAUCUAAUAAUUGACCUUAUUGAAUGGAACUAUAUUCUGUUGUUUUUCUUUUUUUCCCCCAAAAAUGUCAGACGUUAACCCACUAUUGUUAUGACUAUUAAUUCACAUUUACUGUGAAUUUGUGACUUUGCAUUUCUGGUUAGACUUAUUUGAUAUUCAGUAUAUUUUCUGGGAAAAAAAAUACAUUUGAAAGAAACACAAGGAUGGAUAACAACACCCUCUGUUCAGAUGGACAGAAGUAUACAGCGCAUAAGCAUCACCCUCGGCCUGGUUUAAUAUUACAGUAACCAGACAGAGGGUGAUGGUCAGGACUAUAACCAUAAUAUGAAUCCAUGGUGACAUUAAGAGUGGGCAAUAAGUAUAACAUUCCAGAAUAAUCAGGGAGUUGUUUGCAAAAGAGAAGGUGUGAAAAGAAGGAGAAUCUUCCUGAGAAGGUCAAGUAUGGCAAGAGAUUAACAGACAAUAUGAGACAUUUCUACAGUUAUCAAAGGAUGUAGACACGCUUCUAUCUUCAAUGGGUCAAUGCGGAUUUGGCGAACAGUAAAGACAAUGAGAGACCCAUUUGACAGCGCGGAUCAGAAAGGAUAUGAACACGGACUCAAGUCUCAACACAGUGAGCGCAUUAAGGAUUCUGUCCAGUGGAGUUUGAGGAGAGUGGAUUGUAUAAAGGUUUGGAUCCAAAUGCAGUUUUUAUCCAGCAUUGAACAACACUGUGACUGUAUGGAUGUCAUUAGAUGGACGUGUAGCACAGUGAAAAAUUACCCUUGGGGACUCACCAUCUGACUUAGCCUUCAACAUGGUUUUAAAUGGACUGGGACCUUUCACAUUUCCAAAAUAUCUCAAGCAGUGAACCAUUGGACAGUAAAAAUUCUAGAGAAAGAGUUGAAUAAAUGUUUUUCAGUGAGGGAGAUGUACCAAACAAUUUAGAAGCAUCUGACCUGCCUUUAAGACAAAUGAAUAUAUAUUGAAGGUGUGCAUAGUAAUAAUACAAUACUUGUCUGAUUGUCAACUUUUGAAGACAUAUGAAAAGCAUUUGUUAUCAAUUUUAUGUUGGGAUGACAUGACAUCCUUCUACCAACCUUUUCCAGAGUUCCUAGUGUUAAUAAGUUCGCCUUGUUAACCCAAGUCAUUAUUGUUUAAGUUUUUACACCAUACAAUACCAGGGUUGGGGUUAAUUCUACAAAUUCUAAUUAAAUCCCUCUCCCUGUAAAUUCCAUUUAAUUAAAUUCCAAUUCCAGGUCGUUGAUUCCAGUUGUUGAAUUUAGAGAUAAUUCAAUUCCUUUCAAUUCCAAUGUUAUUAAAUUCCCAAUCCAAUAUUAUCCCCAACAAUUCCACAAAUUCUAAUUCAAUUCCCUCAGGCUUUCAGGCUGGUCAUGUCACAGUUCAGACCGCCUAGCUAUACUGGAAAUAUAGAAAUACACAUUGAAAUGAUUUACAACAAAUAAUGCAGUCAAUGUUUGAUACUAUGUGCAUUCAUUCCAUUAACUGGGAAAUGUACAAAUAUUGAAUUCCAAUUCAAUUCAAUUCCAAGAUUAAAUGUUUUUACAAUUCUAAUUCAAUUCCAAUUCAAACAGUCCAAACAGUCUAAUUCCAAUUCAAUAACUUGGAGAUAGUUGAAAUUAGAAUUUAAUUCAAUGUACAUUUUCCACUUCAUGAGUGAAUUCAAGAAUUGAAUUUGAAUUUCACAUUAAAUUGGAAUUGACCCCAACAGUGCACAAUCUUAGCUAUACACUAUCAUUCAGGACUACAUUAAAUCAGGCUAAAGGCAAUUAGAUAAGACAGCAUUGUCUAGAAAUUCUAGACUAGAGUGCAGAUGAAGUUGGGGUUAGUUAAUAGUAAAACAGCUGAUCUAGAUUAGAUUAUCUGCUCUGACCAUACCAACUUGUGCCUUUAUAACAGAACCAAGACAAGUUACUUCAAUACUAUUAUUAUCAGGUUACCAUCUACUUCAGCUUAAACUGUGGAUAUUGUAGUGUAAGAAAGUUGUCAUUGUGUUAUUUUCUCUGUGUGCUGUACUUUUCCUGUAUAUGUUUCAAGAUGUGCUUCUGAACAUUGUUGAAAAUGUUCUAUAGAAGAAAAAAGCUGAUGUCUUCUAAAAGCUUGAAGGUAAUGACAGAUAAAAAAAGCUGUACUUGUGUUGACACUUUACCAAUUUAUUAAUUAGAGGUAAAUCACUUUAAUCACUCAAUUAAAAGGUUGCGACAUAUACCAUGUAAUUUAGAAUUAGUGGUAGAGCUUGAGAGCUGUACAAAUUAAACUUAGCUCACAGUUAUCAGUGUUGAAUUGACACAUUAUCCACGUAAUUUGUGAAGCAUGGCUUAAAAUAAUUACAUUCUGAGAUAAGUUAAUGGGUUAGUGUUUUUUGCCAUCCCGUUCCUCCUAAUAUAAUGAUUUUAUUCUUGUCAUGUUCCAAGGACAAAUUGUAUAAUUUUCUCCACUACACAGCCAAUUUAACAAAUAUUUUACAUACACUACCAUUCAAAAGUUUGGGGUCACUUAGAAAUGUCCUUGUUUUCG